AUGAUACCAUAUAUUGAUAAAAUUUUUGCUUUUUUUAGUAUCUUUUUUGUGACUAUAUUUGGUGCAGUUGUUCCACUAUGUAUUGAAUCUUAUUCUGAAUGUAAACUUUUUAAUUUAGUUUUAGGUUAUAGUGGGGGUAUUUUGUUAGGGGGAGGUUUAGUUCACUUGUUACCUGAAGCAAGAGAAGACUUAAAUAAAGUUAAAAAACAACAGAAUUUACAUUUCAAUUAUCCAUUAUGUGAAAUGUUUGCUGUUUUGGGAAUUUUUUUAAUCAUUAUCGUAGAGCAAAUAAGUGAUUAUUUAAUACAGAAAAGAAAGAAUAGACAUACUGAAAAGCCGAAUGAAGAUAACUGUUGUAAUGAAUGCUAUAAUAUAUUUUUUUAUGCAAAUAAAUUUGAUUACAUAAAUAUUUUAAAUAUAAUUAGAAACAAUAAAAUUGAAGAUAAUCAAAUGUAUUUCAUUAAUUUGAAGAACAUUAAUUCAUCUAAGAAGGAUCAAAAUGUAAUAGAAAAAAUAUGUACAAAUAAAUCUGCAAAAUUAGGAAAUAUGAAUAUAAGAUACAUGGAAAAAAAAAAUAUCUGUAAAAAAAUUAAAGUACAGGAUUCUUUUGAAAUUAAUUCUAAAUAUAAAAACGUUUCAUUAAAUCGUAAUAAAAAUAUGUUAAUAUCUAAAUUGAAUGAAAAAAAAAAACAGAAUGAUGAAAAACAAGAAGUAACUAGGGAUUUACAAAGUUGUUGUGAAGAAGAUAUGGAAGAUAGUAAUAUAUACUUUAUACAAACAUUUAGUGAUGAUAUUAUAGAAGAAUAUGAAUCGGAUGAUUCUAUACAAUAUAAUUUUAAUAAAGCUCCUAUUAUAUUAUUAUUAGCAUUUUCUUUUCAUUCAAUAAUUGAAGGAAUAACAUUAGGAAGCGUAAAAAAUUCAUAUGUUACUAAUUUAUCUAUAAUAUCGCAUAAAGCUUUUGCAUCAUUUUCUAUUGGUAUAAAUUUAAUUAAUAAACAUAUGAAAAAAAAAAAAUAUAUUUUGUUUAUGUUCCUUUUUUCAUUAAUGACUCCUUUAGGCAUAUUAUUAGGAUUAGUAACAAAUAUUUUUGCUUCCACUUCUUCUACAGUUAUUCAAUUUUUACCAUCUAUAUUAGCAUCUAUUGGUUCUGGUACUUUUGUUUAUAUUUCUUUAUUUGAAAUAAUAGGUCCUUUAUUAUAUACAUAUAAAAUACAUAACCAUUGUAUGCACACACAAAAAAAUUUUGCUUAUUAUAAAAUUCAAUAUAAAAUUCAAAUAAUUUUAUUAAUUAUAAUUGGUGCAUUAUCUAUGUUUAUUUUAACAUGGUAUUUUUAA